GAGCGGCGCCGCCCGCCAUGGCGCUCUCGGAGGAGGCGCUGAGGCAGCAGCUGGGCAAGAAGAAGAAGCCUUUGAAAUGAGACAUUUUCUUCUGACUACUUCUUCUUCCCCCUUCCUAGUAUAAGUUCAGAGACCUGACCAUAGAAGAAUUAAAGAAUGUUAACAAGACCUACCCAAACUUCACGUUCUCCAUGAGCACAUACACCUUCAAGGAUGGAUCCCAGAAGGACCUCCUGAAUUUUAGUGGUACUAUUCCAGUGAAAUAUGGUAAUUCCUAUAACAUACCUAUUCAGCUGUGGAUUCUGGAUUCUCAUCCCUUUGCUCCACCCAUUUGCUUUUUGAAGCCGACUAUGAACAUGGGCAUUUCAGUGGGAAAGCAUGUUGAUGCUCAUGGCAGGAUUUAUUUGCCAUACCUGCAGAACUGGAGCCAUCCUAAAUCAACUGUUAUUGGACUAAUCAAGGAAAUGAUAGCAAAAUUUGAGGAAGAGCUUCCUUUGUAUUCACUGUCAUCUUCUGAUGCAGCCAGGCGAUCAGAACUUCUCUCCUACAUUGCAAAGAUUACUGAAGGAGAGACUGAUAUGAAAUCCAAGAAUAAAAAUGAUGGAGGCAAAAAUGAAGGAUGUUUUAACAAAAUUACUGUUGUUGGAGCUGGAGAUCUUGGCAUUGCAUGUGUGCUAACCGUUGCAGCAAAGGGUGCUGCAGACAAGGUGAUUCUUUUGGAUCUUUCUGAAGGCGCAGCAAAAGGAGGGACCAUGGACUUGGAGAUCUUUGCUCUGCCAAAUGUGGAGAUCAGCAAAGAUUUUUCUGCUUCAGCUGAUUCAAAAGUUGUUGUACUUACGGCUAAUUAUUUGGGUAACGCUCAGACUUAUCUUGAUGUCAUACAAAACAACGUGGAUUUGUUCAGAGGAAUUAUCCCAGCAAUAUCACACUACAGUCAGAACGCUGUUCUUCUUGUUGCUUCUCAUCCAGUUGAGAUAAUGACAUAUGUGUCAUGGAAGCUGAGUGCGUUUCCCAAAAGCAGAGUCAUUGGAGUAGGUGCCAACCUAGAUACCGAGAGAUUUCAGUAUAUACUGGCAAAUCUUCUAAAAGCACAGUUGCUGGCAAAAGAUGCUUGGAUUAUCGGUGAACAGGGUGAAGACAAAGUACCAUCGUGGACCAGUUGUAGUUCAGUUGCAAAUAAAAGGGAAGGAAUGGCUGAUCGUAACUCAAGGGAAAAGGUGGCUAACAGAGCUAUGGAAGUUCUAAAGGGAAGAGGUCAGAGAUCGUGGUCUGUUGGGCUCUCGGUUGCUGAUUUGACUGACAGUAUACUGAAAGAUAAAAGAAAGGUUCAUUCUGUAUCCACUCUGGCAAAGGGAUAUUGCAAUAUAAACAGCGAAGUAUUCUUAAGUCUACCAUGUAUUCUUGGAACCAAUGGAGUGACUGAAAUGGUCAAACUAGAAGAAGAUCCACUGGUGCAAGAGAAACUGCAAAGCAGUGCAGGAUCAAUUCACGAUCUUCAGCAGCAGCUGAAGCUCUAGAAUCAUACAAUCAUACAAUCACUAGGUUGGAAAGGACCUACUGGAUCAUCGAGUCCAACCAUUCCUAUCAAUCCCUAAACCAUGCCCCUGAGCACCGCAUCCACUCAUCCCUUAAACCCCUCCAGGGAAGGUGACUGAACCUCCUCCCUGGGCAGCCUCUGCCAGGGCCCAGUGACCCUUUCUGUGAAAAAUUUUCUCCUGAUGUCCAGCCUGAACCUCCCCUGGAAGAGCUUGAGGCCAUUCCCCCUUGUCCCGUCCCCUGUCACAGUAUGAUCUUUACUGUUGUACCUACCAGUGGCUUAUUAGUGAUGGAGAGAAGGGAGUUAAACCAAGGGAAAAAUAAAUUGGCUAAUCAAAUGCAGAUUCCACAGGUUGGCUCUCCAUGCAUGGCUUGUGGCUUAGCAACUCUGUCUGUCCACUGAAGUUAGAGGCUUCUGUGCUGAAUAACAUCUUCUAAUACAGCAGGUUAGAAGACCAGACUUUCUUACAGCACUGAGUGUUUCAUAAUGUUUGUUCGCUUCAGCUCAGAGUGAAGUGCAUGCCGAGUGCUGUGGAACUGAAGGAAUUCCUGCUUAAACCUCUCUAACAGAAGUAUCAUUUCUCCAAGUAUUUCACAAAAUGUAUCAUGACUUUUAGAGGCAUAAAUACUAACAGUUGUUUCAGUGGGCAUAACUUCACGCACAUGUGCAUCUGCAUUAGUGAUGGAAUAAAUAUAAAAGAAGGAUUUUUUUUUUUAGACUUUGUUAUAAGUUUGAGAAACAGUGUGAUGCAGACACUGAACGUUCCUGCCAUUCUGGAAGUGAGCUUUUGUCAGCUGGGAUUGCAUAGUAUGGUUGACAAUGAUUCUCUAUUCAUAAUUACUCUUUGGGCUUGAAGGGUUGGAACUAGAUGAUUUUUCAGGUCCCUUCCAACCCGAACUAUUCUAUGAUUCUACGAUUCUAUUUUUUUGUGAUGCAUAAAUCCAGGCAGGAGAAGUGGUUAUGUCUGUGCAAAAGCAGAGUAUCUAAAGAGCCAUCUUUUGUGUGUGCAUCGAGAAGUGUUGUCACUGGAGAUCUUGCUUCAGAAUUGCUUCAGAACUUGAAGGUAAGAUUGGUAUUUUGUGGAUGAACCUACCUCUGUGUGCUGCAUCUGAAAGGGAUACAAAAAAUUCUUUACUGCAGUCUAUCCAUCUACAUUUACAGCAGUGCACUGCAUAACAUGUAUAGAAUUAAUAUUCCAGCGUCGAGACGUGAACACAAGAUUUUGAUAAACAUUUCCCAUUCCCUCCGUUAAAUUGAUAAUGAGUUUGAAUUCUGAGGAAAUCAUGUAAGACAAUAUGUUGGCUCCACAAUGAUGUAAUUAUAGCUGUGUUAAACUAUUCCAACAACUCUAAGGUAGCACAAGGGAUGCCAGUGUCUGCUCACAGGAGUUGGAGAUUUCCUUAGUAUAUAUGGAGUUCUAUAAAAAGCAAGAAGGUUUUUUUACCUUCAAAAAGUGCUUUUUCAGUUUUGGGUUAGAAUAUUUAAUACUGCACUGCACAGUAAUUUCUUAAUUGGAAAGUGCUCUUUUGGUAGUCAACAUGAGGAGGGUAAGGUGCAAGAAUGUUUUACCUAAAACCAGGUGACUUUUGCCUGGGCUUUUUGUUGCUAAUCAUAGCCUGAUUCUUGUGUUAUUCUUUGCUCUUUGCACUUUAUUAGGACACAGUCUAGGAGAGGGGUUUGUCCAGCUCUGCAGAAACUCCAGUGUGUACAGACUCGUGGUUUGCAAGUGCUGCACUGGGGGCUUGUCUAGAACACGGCUGCACCCCAGCUCUUCAGGGCCCUGGGGGAUGCAGUUCCAUAGCUUGAUCUUUCAUGGCUGUCACAGAUGCUCUUAUGUUAGUGGGCUCCUGCGUCUUACUAAGGUGGGGAAAAAGCUAAAAGCAUGGCAUAAGCAGUAUCCUUCAAACCUGAAGUGUUGGAUAUGAAUUUCUGUUGUAUGUUUACUGAUGUCUGAGACUUAAUGGUCAUGACUCGUUUGCUCUUAUUUUGUAAGGAUGUUCAGAGCGCCAAAGCAUCUGCAGCUCUCUGUACGUACACACAACACUCAGCCUGUGCAGCUUCAGAACAGGCAUAUGUCCUGAAAGGGAGGACAGGGGGCAUGGGUUUCAAAUAAAGAAUGAAAUCUGUCAGUGAACCUAAUGCAGAUGUAUCUGUGAGUUCAGGCCUUGAUUCAAAGCCAGCUGAUGUCAGUAAGCUUUACAUCAACCUUAAGAGAGUACACCUAAUUGAGGAGGCAACAGAACCUGUAACCUGAUGUGGGGGAAGCCAAGGGUGUGGUGAAAAAGCAGAGUGUGGAUUUCUAGAUGAAUCAAAAAGCAGAUGUUUUUAAGGUGAAGGUGUUUUUACUAUUUUAAACUCUUGAUGCACUGCACUGGUAAGAGGCUGUUCAUCCUGGUUAUACCUCCGCAUCACAAUGCAGGCAGAGAUGUUGGCUCCACUCCUGCCUGCAGCAUGAGAAUGUAAUUCCAUGUUUAUGUUUGGAGAUGUGACUGCUUCAAUAUCAAUGAAGCUUUUUAAGCAGAAGUGGGAAUGCGUCAGAAUGAAUGAUCUAUUCCUUUGUGCCUUCCAGUUAUAUCUCAUGAAGACCCAGACUCGUAAGGAAUUCUGGGUUUGUAUUAAUCUCAGAAUUAAAA